CCCUUCCUUGAGAGUUCGCUCGUUGUUCGCCGUUUUUUUAGCGAACUCACCGGCGACGAUCACCAGGAAAUCUUUAAGACUACGGGAAAGGCAAAAGAAGAGGGAACUAUAUCAGAACUUUCGCCAUGGUUCAGGAUGCUCGUUGGCCUUCGAAGAUACUAAUCACCCUCAGGGGUGUGCAGUUGUUUCUCGCCAUCAUAGUGUUGGGACUGUCUGCAUACAUCGUCUCGGUGAUUGAUUACUGGUGGGCAUGUAUGACUCUUGUCUCCGCACUUUUGACCCUCAUUUAUAUCGGGAUCAAUUUCUUCCUUUUGUUCUCAAACUUGCUGCUUCCGCUAGCCAUUACGAUCACCGAUGCCUUCCUAGCAGUGUUCUGGUUGAUCUCCAUGGCUGGAACCGGGGAUAGCGGGUACCUUUCUGUAAGCGACUGUGAGCUCACCGACUGGUACUGGCUUAUUACCUACACAAGUACCGUCUGUCAAGUUUCCAAGGCCUCCUUUGCCCUUUCAUUCCUUCUUAUGCUUCUAUUCAUUGGCUCUCUCGUUCUCGCGGCCAUAAUCCUCGCCAAGAACCGAAAGGAUCUCCGGGGGGCCAAAUAUAACUCGGGUAUGGACCCAGAUGGGAAUCCUCUCCCAGACCAUGCCGCUGCCGCCCCCGCCGUUCCCGAUGCCGUCGCGAUGGACAGCGCCCCCAACCAAACCCAAUACUACCAGGACCCUCCAAAGAACGAACACUACCAGCAGUCGCUCACCCCGCAGCCGUACCAGAACACUACUUCGCCGGUGUACUACAACGCAACAGCAACACCUCAGCCGAUCGCUUCUCCGUCGGCUACACCAGCUCCUUAUUCACAGGUGGUUGGAUACCCGCAAGCGGGAGUUGGCUCUCCGCCUCCGCCGCCGCCAGUUAACGCUGCUGAGAUGCCGACACGUUGAUCACUUUCUGUAAGGGGUGGUUCACGUUGAACUUUGACUGAAUGAUAAUUUAUGGGUUUAGUUAUGAGGGUUUUCUCGAACUGGAAACAUCUAUGGAAUUGCAUUUUUUCUUUCUUUUUUUUUCCCACCCGAAUCUUUAACCUUUGGAGUGACUGGGCGUCGUGUGUGUAUAUUAUGAUCGGUUUAAUUAGGGGCUUUUUACCUAUAUUUGUUGGAAAUACUCGUAGUAUUUGUGGUGAAAACUGGCUUGACUUGUAAUAGCGGGAGGAAUCGCAUUUCUGCCGCAUCGCACCAAUUGGGUUUAUUAACUAGUCGUCGUACUACUACGAGUGUACCUGCGCUCUACGUGUGACAAGGCGUUAUUACUAUGCUUCUCCUGAGCCCGCGGUUGUGAUUAGGGGUUUUGAAUUUACAGUACCGAUACAUCCAGUAUUGUGCAGACGGUAUUUUACCCUGGGAUGGCAACUUAUCCUCGAGUAUAAGUCACCACAGCCACAUCUAAAGCAGCCAGACGACCACUGAAUCGAAUUAUCGGUGCCUAUUCUUUGCAGCUCGGAUCUAUCCAUCGGGAGUCUCGGUGGGCCUGCAGCGAGAGAUGGGGGCCACACAACUACGAGCAGCGUUGUUGCCAUACGCAUGCAGAAUCGCAACCCAACCGUGAUACCGGUACCAGUGUGGAGCCAUAUUUUAUCUAUCAUUCCCCCCCAAAAACAAAUAACCUUCCCCACGGCCGCUUGCCCGGUGACCGGGCUGGUGGCUACUCGAGUAGGAGGAGAUAGACGGUGCAGUGUGCGAUCAGGAAGCAAGAACAACAUCCCGCAUACACCAAAGCACCCGCGCAGUUCCACGAUGUGCCCCGUCCCGAGAAGGGUUCCUAGCAAUUUAUAAAUCGGCCAAUACUACGAGCACUGUACUAGUACUUGGACACAAACAGCACAGAGCAAUGCAGCGGCUGUGUCUCCUCUUUGAUUCGCUAAGUACGUUGUACCGGGCUCCCAGGAAUUCCGGUGUGGGAGGCUUGAUCGUGUUCUCCCUUCGUUGGAUGGUGUUUUGAGCGCCUUGUGGAA